UUCUCUGUGUGCAGUGGAGGUGUUUGAGAUAAGUUUGUAAUUUUUUUUACGGCUUUUAAAAAAAUAUUGAAGAAUAUAUGUUUUAAAAAGAAAAUAUAUAAUUUUAAUGUUACACAAGUUUGUAUUUAAUUAAUAUUUAAAUAUGUGGCAUGAAGCCCGUAAACAAGAACGCCGCAUACGCGGUCUCAUUGUUGACUACAGACGCCGGGCCGAACGCAGACAAGAUUUUUAUGAGAAAAUUCAAGCUGACCCUACACAAUUCAUACAAAUACAUGGCAGACGUUGCAAAAUACAUUUGGAUCCGGCCGUAGCGGCGGCCGGAGAUGGAGCUGCAAUCAUUGUUCCUUGGCAAGGCCAACAUGACAAUCUAAUAGAUCGUUUCGAUGUACGUGCCCAUUUAGAUUACAUACCUGCCAUACCGAAAAGUUCGGAUAAUGAAGUCGACGUAUCUCAGGAAGAACGACAAUGUAAUUACGAACGUUAUAGAAUAUUAGCACAAAAUGAUUUCUUAAAUGUUUCCGAGGAGAAAUUUUUACAUCAAUUGUAUUUGGAAGAACAAUUUGGCGCCAAUGCACCAUUGGAAGGUCAAAGUAACCAAGGCAAAAAGAAAUCACAGAAAUCGGGCGCCGCCAUAGGCUACUCUUAUGAUGAUUCAACAGAAAUUCCUCAGGAUACUCAACAGCCUUUUGCUCAUUUAAAACAUUCUACGUCUGUAGGAGUCGCAGGAGGUACUUCAAUUGGUACUGUGCCUGUUGGUUCCACGAAGAAGACUGAAAAUGAUUCAGAAUCUGAGUCCGACUCUGAUAUGGACAUGGAUGUUUCCAUAGAAGUUUCGAAAUUGGAUACAAAUCAAGCACAUGAAUUAAAUGCAUGUGGUCGUAAUUAUGGCAUGUUGAGUAACGAUUUCUAUUCCUAUUUGACCAAAGAUGCUGAUGAAGCGGAUGCAUUACGUUUGGCUAGAGAGGAGGAACGAGAAAAAAUCCUUUUAGGUGGUCGAAAAUCAAGAAGGGAAAGGCGUGCUCAAAAGGAAAGGCGAAUUGCAAGGCGGCCUUUUAGUCCGCCAAGUUACGCGGCUAAGGAAGAUGAUAUUGGAAAGGAUGAAGAAAGCGAUUCGAGGUCACCUUCUCCUUCUGACACCACCGAGAAAAUCACAUACAUCACGUCAUUUGGUGGUGAAGAUGAAUUGCAACCACAUUCUAAAAUAACCAUAACAUUGGGUAAAGGAUCGUCUACGUUGGGGGCAGCCUGUGUGGGUGCAAGUACUUCGGCUGCAUUAGGACAAACAACCUACGCUCAAAAGGUAAAGGAGAAUCUGGAAAAACUUAAACAAUUAAAUGAUACCUCGAAGAGAAGAAACACACGUAGCCGUAGCUACACUCGUAGUAGAUCGCUUAGUCGAACUCGUAAGCGUUCACGGAGGUCGCCACGUGCAUCGAGAUCAAGAAGUACAUCAUACAAAAGGCAUCGGAAAGCUGACAAAAGGUCUGUUUCACGUUCAAGGUCUAGAUCACGUUCAGUGAACAAAUCACGCAGUUCCUACUCGAGAAGACAUAGAGAAGGUUAUAAACGCUCUAGAACUAGAUCACAUUCUAGAUCUCGUUCUAAAUCCAGAUCAAGACGUAGACGAUAUAAUUCAUCAUCAUCUUCAUCAACGUCAAUAGCUAGAAGUUCCAUAUCGCCAUUGCGUACAAAUUACAAGUCCAUCAGAAGAUCUAAACGCAGUCCUAUGAAAAUUUCGUCUACAAGGCGCAGAUCACGUAGUACAUCAAACACCAGGCGCAGCAGAGCGAUUGAUACAAAAGAAAAAUCUAAAUCUCCUCGAAAAGCCUUAGAAGCUACUCUUACUAAACAAACAGAAAGUAUAGUUUCCCCUGUAACUACACCAUUAAAACCGGCCUUAACAAAUCCUACUCAACCUACUGUACCUUUACCUAUCGAAACAGUCGCCAGCAAACAAUCUUUGCCCGUUGUAAAUGUAAUUGAACCUCCUCCUCCACCACUAAAGCGCUAUUAUGGUCGUAAAAAAGAGGAAUAUUCUUCAUCUGAAAGUAAUUCAGACACGGAAAAUGAAGACGAAGAUGACAAUAAUUCAUCACAAGCCCCAAAACCUAAAGAAACGUUAGAUACUCAAGAACUUAUGGAUAUGGACACUACCUCAGAAAAGUCAAAUCCUUUACCUACAACUUCAACCUCAUCUUAUAAGGGAAAACAACAUCAGCAAACGCCGCAGCAAACAGGCAAAUAUGGCUCCAACACGUCCAAUAGUAAUGCUCCCGAAACCAAAGGCUCUUCUGGAAGUGGAGGCGGUGGUGGUGGCAGUAGCAGCAGUGGGCGUUUAAAUUUACGGGAACGCCUAAAAAGGAAAAUGCAGAAUUUGCUUAAUAAGCAAUAUAAAGCGGACAAGAAAGCUGAGAUUGAGAAAACUGAAAGGGAAAGACAAUUACAACAGGAACGUGAGGAAGAAAUGCGUGAAUUAUCCAUAAAAUUACGCAGAAGACAAAGAGAGUUACGACACCGUUAUGGGUCGCAAAAUAGUAAAGAAUCAGAUAGUGAUAAUUCAGAUACUGCUGAAGCUACCAAAUCUAAACGUAGCAAAUCACGUAGCAGCGAGCGUUCUAGUGUCAAAACCACUAGACGUCGUAGUCGUGAACAUAAGCGCAAAUCACCUAUAACCUUAAAACGUUCGUCUAGUCGUGAGCGUAGGCGAUCGCCAAGUCGUUCUAGUAGACAUCCGAGAUCACGCUCUCAAUCUCGUAGCAGACGUAGCAACUCUAGGCGUCGAAGACGUAGUGUAUCGCGUCCAAGACGUCAUCGAGAGCCAAGCUAUGAGAGAUCUACACGUUAUAAUACUGAACGUUCACGUUAUGAUGAUCGCCGUAGACGAUCAACAUCUAGAAACGAACGUGAUCGAGAUAGAGAUCGCGAACGGGAUCGAGAUCGUGAUAGAGACAGGGAUCGCAUGCGCAAUAGAGACAGGGAUCGUGAUAAUGAUAGACAAAGGUAUUGGGGUAGUAGCGGCACCUCUGAUCGCUAUCGCUCCGACAGAGGUGGUGAUGGACGAGAACGUUCGGAUAGAGAUAGACAUCACCGUGAUCACCGUGCUGGCGAAGGUUCUCAACAAACUGCUACAACAAGUGGUACUACCUCUACAACGUCAACAAAUACGACCAGUCGUAGUCGUGUUGUUAUUUCAGCUCCACCGAAAUUGAAAAAAUUGGUGGAUUAUUAGUGUCUCAUUUUUAAAAAGGAUUACAUAAAAAGUAAUUCUAAAGAUGGUUUUUUUCCUUUUUUAAUUUUUCUUUUAUAUUUCAUUUUUUUAAGUUUAAAGAUUUUCUUAUGAAAAUUAAAAAUAAAGAUACAUAUUUAUGUACUUGUUAAAUUUUUAAAAUCUGCGUUAACU